AAUACCAAAAUAUUAUGAUACAAGCAAUAGUUUCUAUUUUUUAAGUAAUUUUUAAUGUACCGGCAUAUGAUUAAAAUAUUAAUAUUAUUAGACUAAUUUUUUUUAUGGUAGAACUCUGAGAUCGUAUUAUAGAUUUCUGACGAAUAUACUUGGUCGUUUCAGAUUUUAAUAAAAAUAUUUGGUCUCUAAAAUGGCAACGAUUUUAGCGAUUGACGUUUCUGUUUCAAUGAUGAGAACUGUCAAAAUUAAAGAUUCAAAAGAAAAAUACACUCUUUUACAGUUGGCUAUUCACGGAGCCAAUGUUUUGCUUGAUUAUUUAGCUGUUCAUGCUAAACUCGAAUUCGUUGCAGUUAUAACAUUUUCUUCUACAUGUGAUGUUUUGUGUUCUUUUACUAGAGAUUAUGAUCUUGUAAAAUCUAAAAUUUCUCAGUUGGAUUUUAAAAGUAAUACAUGUUACCCUCCAGUUAUAAAAGCAUUAAAUUAUCUUGUCCAUAAUGAAUGGAGUGAUUCAGUAUCAUGUCAAGUUAUGAUGAUAACAGAUGGACGUUGCUAUGAAGGGCUACGGGAUCCUCAAAUAAGCCCUUUAUUAUUUCCUGGAAAUCUUAUGGUUCUUCCAUUGGAUGUGACAACAUCCAUUUAUAAAAAUAAUUAUGAUUCAAACAGAUUACCAAAUGGUCUUGGUUACAUACUUACCCCAGAUCUUCCUUUAACACCUUCAUCUGUGACUAAAAUCUUUGACAAAUUUGCUAAAGACACAUAUGUACCAUAUAUAACAUCUUUACGUUGUGGAAAUUUAAAAUCUGAUAUUCAAAUAAUUCCUCCUCCAAUGGCUUAUACAAGAACAACUGAUUUUGAGUUAUUAACUUGUUGUGUUUCAAAUGAAGUUCAUAUAAUAGGUUUUAUAGAAUCACAAAGAUUAGAAUGCCCAGCUACUUUAUCUCGUCAUUUAGUAUUGCCACAAAGAGCAACUGAUGAAUGCAAUGAAAAUGCUGAAAUUUCUUCUAGGACUCCAUCCUUUUGUGUUUUACUACAUGGCGCUUUAAAAGUAGAAAACAUGACUGCUCUAUGUCAGCUGUGUCCAGGUUGGCUUGCUGUAUUAGUAAGUUGGGCAGAUAAUAAAAAAAAGUCUAAUUUAAUGUUAAUUAUCCUUGAACCAGGUUUAAAUCCUAUGCCUUGGCUAGGAGAUGUUAGACAUCUUACUUUAUCUUCUUCAGUAUUAACAAAACAAGAACUUGAAGAACCACAACCAAUAAAAACAGAUAAAAGAAGCUAUAAUCAGUCUCAACUAGUAUGGAUUAAAGAAGCUGGGUUACAAGCUGAUAUUCAAAAAAUAUUAAGACAAGCUAGAAAAAUGCCUGAAAAAAUUCAAAGUUUUUAUAAGGAAUUAAAUAGAAUUCGAAAAGCAGCAAUAGCCUACAGUUUUACUGAUCUCUUGCCCAAUAUAGCUGAUCUUCUUGAAAUAGAAUGCACCAAUUUAUCAGGUAGUACACAUCCUGAUUGUGCUAUACAAUUAAGUCAUGUUGCUGGAGAAUUACGAAAACCUUAUGCAAUGGACCCUAAAUUUACAAUUGUUCCUUUAGUAACAAAAUUUGUUCAUCAUGAUCUUUCGUGAAAAAGAAAUAUUUGUAUUAUUAAUUUGUAAAUUUAUUUUUGUAAACUAAGAACAUUUGUAUCUUUACGAAGAUAUUUGUUUUUAGGAUAUUUUAAAAUUAUUUUUAAUAAAAUAACACAUUAACUUAAUAAUAAAUUAUAAAGUUUUAAAUGAAAAUAUUUUUAAUAAAUACAUUUUGUAGAUAAAAAAUAAUAUGAGGUAUUAAUUCAUUUUAUAUUUUUUAUAUAUACAAACAUUUAUACAUAUAUCAAGCAAUAAAAU